ACAGCACAAGUCGGUUCAUUCACAACCGAGGUGAGGUAUCGUGACUUUGCCGCCAACCACCAGUUGUGAGUCGUCAUGUCCUUCUUGUUCGGUAGAACGCAAGCGCCCCCACCGCCGCCAGUGGUACCGCCGCCCAUCCCCCGCUCUGGUCCGGAGAUUGAUGCGACGACUGUGGCAUCGCUCUUAGCAGUCCUGGCCCUACUCGGCGGCGCCUAUGGAGCCUCUGUCAAAGUGUUGCCGAAAAACACGACCCUCAAGACGCGCGUCUUAUUCAUCUGGCAUUUCUUCGACGCCCUAAUCCACUUUGUCUUUGAGGGCUCCUUCCUCUGGAACUGCUUCUUCGUCACGUAUUCGCUGCCGACGACCUUUUCCGCCGCAUCCCGGAACCCUCUUCAAAUCACCCUCUUCACUCCCCCGGACGUGUACUGGCUGGGCCGGAAGGAUCUGCUGUAUGGCGCAAACUACGGGACUGGGCCGUUCAGUCGAUUGUGGCAAGAGUAUGCAAAGGCGGACAAGCGAUGGGGCGGUACGGAUUUGACGGUUGUUGCGCUCGAGAUUCUAACGGUGUUUGUGGCGGGUCCAUUGGCGUGCUGGAUAUGCUACUUGCUCACCAAGGGUGAGAAGAAAGGCGUGCUCAAAAAGUGGUUCUGGAUGACGAUUCUGGCAACAGGGGAGAUAUACGGAGGCUGGAUGACAUUUGCGCCUGAGUGGCUGACGGGAAGCCCUAAUCUCGACACGAGUAAUUGGAUGUAUCUUUGGCUCUAUCUAGCCUUCUUCAACGGCCUCUGGGUCGUCAUCCCAGGUUGGAUCUUGUAUGAAGCCUACGCAGCUAUGAGCUCCGCAAUGUCGCAGGCUGAGAUGGUUGACCUUGUCAACUAUCUCAAGAAGGAUGACUGAGGUGUGCAAGUAUCCACUGUAGUGGGUGGUGACGCUGCUAGUGUUGGGCAUGUUGAGCGCGGCCAAGUUGCUCCUCGAGAUCAUGGCGUGAGAUUCUUUGGCUCUGGGGUUGUCUCCCGCCGUAUCUCUUAUGAUUACGCAGCGCUAGUCGGCCAUUUGCGGCAGAUAUGAAAUGUAGGAUCGAUCGUGGUUGGAGUUGGCGGUCGUAUCGUUGGUUUUGUUGAGGAGACUAGGGGUAUCCGUCCAGGGUCGAUAUCUGAACAUGAUAAGGAAAAUUGCGAAUUGAUGGUAUUUAUUGAGCGUAUUACAGGCC